CCUUGCCAAUUCAAGCAUUGGCUCCUCCAACAAAUUCCAAACUUGCGGUGUAUGCUUAAGCUCCUGCCAUUGAAUCUUCGAAUCGUCAUCAUCACAACCUGCUGAUUCUCCACAAACAGUAUCAAUCCAUUCUUCAAUCAAUCCGAAUUGUGUUUUAAUACCUGGAAUUCAACUUUCGUCACCGGCGGUGUUAACAAUCAAGUAUUGAGCGAGCGAGAAAUCGUCGUUGAAGAUGUCGUUGAGGAUAAAAACGGUGGUGGACAAAUUUGUAGAGGAAUUGAAGCAAGCUUUAGAUGCAGACAUACAAGACAGAAUCAUGAAGGAGAGAGAGAUGCAGAGUUACAUUGAAGAGCGUGAGCGGGAGGUCGCCGAACGUGAAGCAGCCUGGAAAGCUGAACUCUCUCGUCGCGAGGCAGAAGUUGCCAGACAAGAAGCGAGAUUGAAGAUGGAGAGAGAGAACCUGGAGAAAGAGAAGAGUGUGUUGAUGGGAACAGCAUCCAAUCAAGAUAAUCAAGAUGGGGCCCUUGAAAUUACUGUAAGUGGUGAGAAAUACCGAUGCCUAAGGUUCUCAAAGGCCAAAAAGUGACAUCAUUUUUUUUAUAUCUUUUUAGGGUCAUUGGUUAUGUAUAUGUAGUACAAAUUUGAUUAUUUGACCAUACGCUGUCGUGUUUUAUCAAAUCUAAUAUGCUAAUUUGGCUCACUCUAACGUGCG